UAUCCUAAAGUCUCAAAGCUCCAAAGGAAAAAAAAUAUCGACAGCGCUCAGAGCUUCUCACUCGAUAAACCCUCGCGGCAGCUUUCGUCUUCCGAGUCCUUGGCCGAUUCAUCAUCGUUCCAGAUUCGUCGGUCGAUCACGUCGAUCUCGCCCUCCAAACCCUGAGAGCGCUUGUUUCUUUGAAGUGAGCGAGAGCCAGAGCCGGGGCAUAGGGAAGAGAUCCUCGACUUCGCUGCCGAUCGGGGAAGGGCAACCCCGGGUCAGAGGCCGCCCAGCAUCUCCGAGAGCAAAGCCGACUCUGCUUCUGCUUUAAGCCCUUGAUUUUCUUAGCAAGAGUCUUUCUCUCUCUCUCUCUGUUCCGAAGCUUGACAUUCUAGAGAAGCACAUGUACCAUCGGCUCUUCUAAUGGUUGCUUCUUCGAAUAUGAAAAGGAAUUACCACGUGUUCCUCAGUUUCAGAGGGACAGAUGUCCGCCAAGGCUUCCUCAGUCAUCUCUACGCGGCUUUGGACCAGAAAGGAAUAUAUACUUUUGUGGAUAGCGAGGAGCUUAGGAAAGGAGAGGAAAUAUCGUUGGCCCUCAUGAGGGCGAUUGAGGAAUCGCACGUUGCGAUCAUCGUUUUCUCUGAGCACUAUGCUUCCUCACGGUGGUGUUUGGAAGAGCUCUUGAAAAUCAUGGAGUGCAAGGAGAAAAAUGGCCUGAAGGUGUUCCCUGUGUUUUACAAAGUGGAACCCAGAGAAGUGAGAGAGGGAAGAGAGAGUUAUAAGAGAGCUAUGGAUAACCAUGAGUCCAAGUUCGGGAAGGAUUCAGAGGAAGUGAAGAGAUGGAAGAAGGCUCUCUCUGAAGCCGGUAGCUUGUCUAAGCAACACAACACUAGUGUCACGCAACCCCAAGUAAUAGAACGCCGAGGCCACACUACUAGGCAAUGCAACGCUUGA